GCUCCGCCUCCCCCCGCGCCCGGGGCCGCCCGCAGGAGGCAGCGGGGCCGCGGCACGGCCGCUGCCAGGGCGAACCAGCUCAUCUGCUGCAGCUUGUCAGAGGAUGGGGCACUGACAGCCUGACCAGACCACAUCAUGGAGAAGACAGAUGCAACUGGCCAGCCGCCCCAGCCCGACGGGGAUGGGCAGCAGCCCCGAAGCCUCCCCUACUCCGUGGAGACGCCGUACGGCUUCCACCUGGACCUGGACUUCCUGAAGUACGUGGACGACAUUGAGAAAGGGAACACCAUCAGGAGGGUCCACAUCCACCGCAAAGCCAAGCAGCCGAAAUUCAGCACGCUGCCCCGAAACUUCAGCCUGCCCGAGAACGGCUCCCGCGGGUAUGCGGCCACUGCUGGCCCAGGCUGGCUGGCCACCUCGUGCCGCGCACAGCGCAAGGCUUCGCUGGGGGCGGAGGAGACGCCGCGGUCCCCCGUGCCCGGCGAGGAGCCCAGCUACCGCAGGAAAGCCCUCCUGGCCGAGACGCGGCGGCACGCCGAGCUGGUGCGCUGUGAGGACGAGCUCCAGGGGCGGCCGCAGCUGCUGCGAGCCUCCAGCAUGCCCGCGGCGCUGCCGCCCGGCCAGCCCCUGGCUGGGGAUGGGUGCGGGCUGUGUCCCCUCCGGUCACCCUCCCAGCCUGGUGACAAUGAGAGCUGCCCUGAAAGCACGUUUCGUCCCGCGCUGCGUUCACCCGACGGCAUCACCUCGAGCCUGCCCCAGGACUCGUUCCUGCAGCAGCAGGAGCAGCCAGGGAAAGGCAGCCCCGUGCGGGAGGGCUGGCACGGGGAGGUCCCCAAGGAGAGGGCACCCACACAGCCCCCAUGGCAGGGCCAGCACGCCGCAGUGCAGCAGCUGCAGGUGGUGGUGGAGAGCGGGGCCGAGGAGGGCGAUGCUGCUGACGCGGUGUCAGCCUCGCCGGGUGCCCCCCAGCUCGCAGAGGGAAGCGUGAGCCCUGGGAGAGUGGAGGAAAGCAUAAGUGAAAUCGCUCCAAAUGUGCUGAAGAAAGAUGAAUACGGGGGUGCCCGCACUCAAGAGGAUGAGGAGGAGGGAGGAGAUGCAGGCGAGCCUGGUGGGAUCGCCGCUCUGAAGCAGCAGAUUGCCGCGCUGGAGGAGCAGCUGAGCAAGAAGAAAGAAGAGCUGGAGCAGAUUAGAGCAGUGUUGGAGCAGCAGGAUCAUGAGAUCAAGGAAAAGGAGAAGAGCAUCAAGUUACUGGCCAGCUCCAAAGCCCAGCUGGAAGAGCAGCUGUGCCGGGAGAACACGCAAGUGGCCACGGCACCGUCUGGGCGGCGCAGCAGCACGUUGCAGUACUACGAUGCUGCGGUGAACACCGAACCCUCACACGUGAAUGGCUCCAAGGAAGCCCAUGACAAGGGUGUGAAUGUAAAUAUCCCCCUCUGCACCAAAUCCAUCGGGUGCGGUGUGCACAGAGCGGACAACAUGAACUCAUGGGCGGUGGAGGUGAGUGCUCAGGGAGAGCAGGGAUGGGCAGGUGGUGGCACAGAGGGACCUGGACAUUUUGCUGAGCUCACAGAGACCGAAGCUGACCUGGAGCCUGGCCUUCAUGCCCCAUGCUUAACUGAGCUGAAGAUUGACGAGCAAUUCAGCGAUGACAACCAAAACCAGAGAAAUAACUACGAUACCCAGAGUCUCGCUGCUCAUGCAGCGACUGCGGCAAGCUAUCGAGCAACAAAAACUGACUCAAACACAGGCAAAACCAAGGCAGGCUUCGAUGAAGACAAAACUGAAGAUGGGAUGGAAGAUGACGGUCACCCUGACCACAAAGAUUUCCCUGCUGUUGACCCCAUAGGCCAAUAUGUAAAGAAAAUCCAGGAGCUGCUGCAGGAGCAGUGGAUGUGUUUGGAGCAUGGCUACCCCGAGCUAGCAAGUGCUAUCAAACAGCCGGCCUCCAAGCUCAGCUCCAUCCAGAACCAAUUAGUUAAUUCCUUAAACUCGUUGCUGUCUGCCUACUCUACGCAGAGGCCAGCAGAUAAGGAGAAUUCGAACACGCACUAUCAACAGUUGGAAAUCUCUCCAACCACAAGUCUUAAAUCUAUCAUGAAAAAGAAAGGUUAUGGUUUCCGUGCAGGAGGCAAUGGGACCAAAAAGAAUCUUCAGUUUGUUGGGGUAAAUGGUGGCUACGAAACGACUUCAAGCGAAGACACAAGUUGCGAAGACAGCCCAUCGGAGGGGGACGCGGAGAGCGAGACUGAGAGAAGAGCUGGUGGUUUGGAGCCCACACAGGAGGAAGGUGGAGGUGAAAGCAAGGGGGCUUCAUCAGGCACCUCCUCGGAGGAGAGACGUGAAGAUGAUGACCUGGAGGAGCCUGUGGCAGAAGCAACGCCUGGCACUGAGCACAAGGCUGACAGAUGCAAACCCUCUGAAGAUUUCCUUGCUGACUGCCAGCUGCUCAGCCAGCACCUCUCAGAAAUAAGGACCACAAGCGACAAGCAUCUGCGGCAUGUCCUCAGCACCAUCUGCCAGGAGUGGUUCCGGGUGUCGAGUCGCAAGUCCUCCAGCCCCGAGGCGGUCGCAGCCUACCUCCAGGCGCUGGGGGCCAUCCAGCCGCAGCUCCUGGAGGCGGUGGUCAACCUGGCUGACAGGAACGGCAACACAGCUCUUCACUACAGCGUCUCCCACUCCAACUUCCCGAUUGCAAAGCUCCUGCUGGACACAGGGGUCUGCCGCCUGGACCUGCCGAACCGAGCGGGCUACACGGCCGUGAUGCUCACCCCGCUGGCGGCUGCCGAGACGGGCGAGGAUAUGGCCGUGGUGAUGAGGCUGCUGAAGGAGGGGGACGUCAACGUGCGAGCCGCCCAGGGAGGCCAGACCGCCCUCAUGCUGGGGGUGAGCCACGAGCGGGAGGACAUGGUGCGAGCCCUGCUGUCCUGCCAGGCCGACGUCAACCUGCAGGACGAGCAGGGCACCACGGCGCUGAUGGUGGCCUGCCGGCAGGGCAACGCCGACAUGGUCAGGCUGCUGCUGGCCCAGCCCGGCUGCCAGCUCGCGCUGACGGACAAGGACGGAGACUCGGCGCUGUCCCUCGCCCAGAGGAACGCUCGCGGGGACAUCGCCGCGCUGCUGCGUCGCGCCCAGCACGGCCCCAGUGCCUCCACCUGACGCCGAGCGAGGAGGAGGAGGUCAGGACGGAGAGGCUCAGCCUCACGGCACCGAGGGUCUUGCAGCACAUGGGGGUUGAUGACCCGCAGCCAUGCCUGAAGCCUAAUUCUCCUCAUUAACCUGCUUGUGUAGCCUUAGCCAUGCCUGUUGCCACAAGUGGCUCAAAUGGUGGUUUGGAGAGUUCGAUUUCCAGAUUGCCUUGUGUUAAUGCUCACCGUGCUCUGCUCUCCGCACGGCUCCGGCGGCCGAAUCGAAGGAGGAAAGCCCAUUAGAAAGCAACACUUAGUCGUGGUAGCCUUAGGUGGCGGCUGGCCUUUUAAUCAAGCACUUACCUGUAUCGCAUUUAACUUGUAAGUUUGUGUCCUAAUAUUUAUUAUUAGCUCUUCCCCAUGUAGAAGGUGGCGGUGAUUAGUCAGUGUAGGUAACAACAAACACGAGCUGGAUGGAUUAUGGGAGACAUAAAAUCCCGUUCAUGUUUGCUCAUGCAGGCCUGAUGUAAGAAUUAAAAAUUAAUGCUGUAGGAAAAUAUUUGAGUACAGCAGACCCAAACACACAGACAUUGUUUUGCCUGGAUUCAUAAUAACCAUAUGGCUCUAAUUUUUUUCUAAUUAAGCUCGAGCCGACAGGGAAACGUCACCCAUCGGCAUGCACGGAGCCUGGGCGCAGUGUGAGGAGCAGCGAUCCCAGCCAGGUCCCUGCUGGCAUCACCCAGCAGCUGCGUGGGGCGACACAGUGAUGAGCGGGCAAACAGCCGCGCCGUGCCGUGCUUCCCCUCGCCCUGGGCUGCUGGGUGCCCACCUCAGCCCAGGAGGUGGGGUUGGAUGGAGGGGUCUGGUCCAGCCUCACCCCCGCUAACACGUAGGGCAGGCUUUUUUCUUAAAUCCUGCUGACAGAGAGCGAGGGAGGGCUCAGCCCCUGCUUUCCAACCAGCUCCACGCUGCCGUGGGUCUCUGCAUGUCGCAGUGCUGUGUCAUGGUGCCAUGUCAUGUCGCGGCGCCGUGUCGUGGGUCAGCACCCACUGGAUGCUCCCUGUAGGGCCUGGCUGUGGUCACUGGCCCCUAGCUGACAGCACAUAGUACAGCUCCCUGACGGUGGAUCUCCUCUGCUGAAAGCAGAUCUUCUUUCAGCUGACAUCUGGUGUCUGCUCCAUUCUCUCUGCUUCCAUCAUUUUUUUAAGGAAGAAGCGCUCGCCACACAGAAUGUCCAUUUGCCUUUUUUUACCCCAUCCUCAGUGGAGUUACCUUCUUCCUGUACGAAUAAACCCGAGUUAAACUUCACCUGUGGUUGCUCCUGUACCUGUUACCCUCGGGGCAGCACUCGCCGGCUGUGAGGCAGAAGGGAUGGACAGACGUACAGGCAGACCUCCAAAAGCAAAAGGGCCGAGAAGGGAGCCCCUGGCGCACUGCACAUACACACACUUCAUUAAAUCUCUCACUUUUCAGUGUCU